AUGACGCAGGCCAGGCGGCUGGCAUGGCAGGGCCCCCCCAGCCCUGGCAGAGGUGCCAGCUUCUUCCCCCAGGGCUGGCAGCAUCGCCAGGAAGAAGUGGCCUUUUCCCUCGUUGAGCCACUAACGGCGGGGCUGAAGUCCACCGCGGGGCAGGUCCUGGGGGGCAGAUUCCAGCCCCGGGCUCACAGCGUGGCCUCCUGCGCCUCUCCCAGCUCUGCUUUACCAUCGCCACGGCCCGGAGGCCAAGAUGGCCAGGCAGGCAGUGCCCGUCCUCCUGCUGCUGCUGGCGACUGCUCCGACGAGAACCAGUGUGGGUACGUGCGGGGCUCGGCGGUGCUGGGCACCCCUUUCACCUGUGAUUUCGAGGAAGGCGACUGUGGCUGGCGGGACGUGAGCACCUCGGCGUACAGAUGGGUGCGAGGCCGGGCCAGCCUGGCCGUGUGGGGCACAGGGCCCCACUCAGACCACACCGUGGGCACCGACCGGGGGUGGUUCAUGGUGACCGUGUACCCCCCGGCAAAGACCAUGGCCACGGCCUGGCUCAUGUCACCGGUGAUGCGGGAAGCAGCCGCCACGUGCGAGAUCAGGGCCUGGUACCACCUCUCGGGAAGCGGGCUCAACCAGACCGAGCGGCCGGUGCUGCGCCUGGCCAUGGCGUACGGCGAUGAGGUGGUGGAGCUGUGGCAGAGCCCCAAGCAUGGAGGCGAAGGUUGGCACCAACUGGUCACCUACUCGGGCCGGAUCAAGGAGCAGUUCCAGCUCAUCUUCUCCCUGACGCAACCGCCCACGUGCGGGGCAGAGCUGGCGCUUGAUGACAUCAUCUUCAGGAACUGCGGCUUGCAGGAGCCUGGGCAGCAGGUCUGCGGGGCGGAGGAGAGACCCUGUGGCCAGGGCUCCUGCCUGGCACAGCACCGCUUCUGCGAUGGCACCGACGACUGUGGGGACGGCUCGGAUGAGGAUGAAACGCGGUGCAAGUCCUUCACCUUCUGCCCCUUUGAGCACAAUCUCUGUGGCUGGGAGGUGGAGGACCGGCAGCCGGCGUGGGAGAGAAACACGAGCCUGAACCUGGGGACCACAUACGGCAUCCCCACCCGGGACCACAGCAGUAACAGCAGGGCAGGUUUUUUCCUCCACGUGGGCAGCGCCUCAUCUGUGGGGGCUGGCGGCGUGGCGCAGCUCAGCAGUCCCACUUUCCAGGGCAACAACUCCUGCUCCCUCGUGCUGUACUGCCACCUCCACGGCUCGGCCACCAGCAGCCUCAGCAUCUCCUACGUGACCAAAACCACCCAGAAGCUGGUGAGGGAGAGAAUGGGGGACCUGGGCAAUUGCUGGGUCCGGGAGAGAGUGAACUUCAACGUGACGGAGAGCUUCAAGGUGCUGAUCGAGGGGGUGGCCGGCAGCGCAGGGACUGUGGCCAUCGAUGACCUGAUCCUGUCUCCAGGCUGCGUGCAGGAGCAGGAGAAGCUUUCAACCAUGCUGCCAGGCCGGGUGGGCUCCCCCAGCCACUGUACGGCUGAGGAGGUGGCCUGCGACAGCGGGGGCUGCAUCGAUGCAGAGCUGGCCUGCGACUUCACCGAGACGUGCCCCGACGGCUCCGACGAGAAGCGCUGCGGAGCAACCACCUUUGAGGAGGGGGCCGGGGGCUGGCACGACGUCAGCGUGGGGCGGCUGCGCUGGGGUGUGCAGGGGGCCACCAAGCUCUCCGACACCCUCCUCACAGGUGCAGGGUCUUUCCUGGCCCUCCAGGCAGGAGAAGGACAAAUGUUGGCUGCUGCAAAGGCACGCACGCCUGUCCUGGGCCCCGCCGGCCCUGCCUGCGCCAUGGAGAUGAGCUACAGCAUCCACAGCGGCCCC